AUGUGGGGAAGAAGUCAGGACAAGACUCCUAAAGAGAGCACUCCAGAAGCACCGAAAGAUGCUGGCAAAGAGCCUGCCGCCCCAGAUCCCAACAAGCUGCCAAACCGCGAGAAGCUGCCAGCAGCAUUGCAACAGAUAGUGGACAAGUCUGAUAAAGAGGACAACUUCUUCGAUGAGCUUGUGGAGGGAUAUGCACCAGAGUCGACCGAGUCUAAUGUGCGAUUCGCCGCCUACGCCACUCGAGUACGAACAAUUCUACUAUCUGCACAGCGAUAUGUGGCCUACACUUCAGAUAUAGGAGAGUCGUUCAGGCCAGUUGCGCAUCCAUACCUUGUAAGAGGCGCCUAUGGUAUCUCAUGGGCGUAUAUUCUAGGAGAUGUAUCAUACGAAGGAUACAAGGCAUAUUGGCAUAAUCAGCGCACACUCAACCCAACAUUGGAGUUGACGGAGCGCCAGAAGAAGCUCACGGGCCUGGACACCUUCGUUCCUGUUGACCAGGGCCAACUCAAGCCUGCAACUAUCCCUCCCCUAGAGGACUAUAGGACUGUCAUGGCGCAGCGAGCAAUUUUCCAGAGCUUGGCUAGUAUGGGUCUGCCAGCCUUCACAAUCCACAGUGUAGUGAGGUACUCGAGCAGAGCUAUGAAGGACGUGAAGAACAAGACAAUCAGGACAUGGGGACCGAUCGGAUUGGGUCUAGCUGUUGUUCCAUUUCUACCCUCAUUGUUCGAUAAGCCGGUUGAGAAUGCGGUUGAGUGGGUGUUCCAUAAGGGGUUCGCGACAUUUGGUGGAAAGGAGUAUGUGGGCGAUGCUCCGACUACCGGAAGAGAGAAGGCGCUUAUCCAGAAACCCAAGGAAAAAGAGCUCUGA